CUUCUCCUUAUGAACUUCCUGGCGGACCAGCAGAAGUUAUAGCAAAAUUAAUCAAAACAAUUAAGGGCAUCCUUCAUUCUUAUAAACGUCUGUUUUCUAAAGAUCGCACGUCCGCAAAGGCAGACAAGGCCAGCAUGUCUGUUGAAAAAAAAGAUAGUAGCAAGAAAAUUGAGACUUAA